AGAUCUCUUGAUCAUCUUAUUUAUGUUAUUUUUUGUAGUUCAACUGAUCUUCAUGGAACUUGAUGGGCCAAAAGGAAAGGGCUAUGCCAUCCAGGAGAAUUUUCAUUUUGCUUUUCAGGAAAUCACAUGUUGCCAUCAAUGAAUUCAGAGCGCAGAAUAGCAGUCCCAAAAGAACUCAUAGACAACAACAAGAAACAAAAUCUGUUCAAGUGUUGCUGCUCUUAAUCCAACAUGGAGCCAAUGGACUUAAUCUCUUAGAAGCACAGCAUGUUGUUCUAGUGGAGCCACUGCUCAAUCCAGCAGCUGAGGCUCAAGCAGUCAGCCGGGUGCACCGAAUUGGGCAGGAAAAGAGGACAUUAGUCCAUCGAUUGAUCGUUAAAGACACCGUGGAAGAGAGCAUAUAUAAACUGAACAGAAGUAGAAGCACCAGUUCAUUCAUAAGUGGGAACACGAAGAAUCAGGAUCAGCCUGUGUUAACCCUUAAGGAUGUUGAGUCCCUAUUUGCAACAGUGCCGUCCACUGUACCAGAAAGCGAUGGAAAGCCAAGAUAUCUGCCCCCGUCUGUGGCUGCUGCUCUUGCAGCUGAGAGGAGACUGAAGGAAAAUACAGCAGGAAUUUCAGUAGCUGUUGGUUCAUCUCCAAAGGUGAGAGCAUCUCCCCAGCCCGUCAUAGAUUGUCGAUCUAACCAGUGGUUGCAUGGUCGUCUAUGA